AUGACGACUUCGCUGGUUCUGCAUCCACGCUGGGCGGACACCUUGAUGUACGUUUAUGAAAAAAGCCCGAAUGAAAACAGCCAGAAUAAAAGCCAAACAAUGGAGGGACUAAGCGGUAAUUGCCCUGCGACCCACUGCAGGGACCUGAUGUCGCACCCCGCGCUGGGACGACACUCUGGCACCAUCGCGACCCACCAGGGCUCCGUCUACUCGGAUAUUUCCUCUCCGGACGCCGGCCGACAGUGUCCCGCUCCGCAGUCGUCCUCCGGCGCCUCUCUGAGCUACGGCUACCCCUUUGGAAACCCGUAUUACGGCUGCAGAUUGUCUCACUCGCACAAUGUGAACUUGCAGCAGAAGCCCUGCUCGUACCACCCCGCAGAGAAAUACGCCGAGCCCAGCACAGCGCUGCCCACGGAGGAACUGUCCAGCAGGGCGAAGGAGUUUGCCUUUUACCCGAGUUUCGCCAGCUCGUAUCAGGCUGUCCCUGGAUAUCUUGACGUGUCGGUGGUGCCUGGUAUGAGCCACCCUGAGCCGCGGCACGACGCCCUGAUCCCCAUGGAGGGCUACCAGCACUGGGCUCUCUCCAAUGGCUGGGAUGGGCAGGUGUACUGCUCCAAAGAGCAAACACAGUCAGCCCAUCUCUGGAAAUCACCUUUCCCAGAUGUGGUUCCUCUGCAGCCCGAGGUCAGCAGCUACCGUCGUGGGCGGAAGAAGCGGGUCCCAUACACCAAGCUCCAGCUGAAGGAGCUGGAGAAGGAGUAUGCAGCCAGCAAAUUCAUCACCAAAGACAAGCGAAGGCGCAUCUCGGCCGGCACCAACCUCUCGGAGCGCCAGGUCACCAUCUGGUUCCAGAACCGGCGAGUCAAGGAGAAGAAGUUCGUCAGUAAAUCCAAGAGCAAUCACAUGCACACCACUUGA